CAUCCCCGGGCCCAAUCCAGGUGUAGCUCUACUCGGUCCCGGCCUCAGUACCAGCGACGGCGUACCGGGCACGACUAUGAGGGCGCCCUGCCAGAGGUCCGGGGAAAAAGAAGAGGUCCAGGAGGAGGAGGUGGCGGCGGCUGCUGGGGGUCUUGCAGGAGUCCCGGACGCCGAGGAGGGAUCGGAUGUGGAUUUGGGCUCUGACCUAGAGACGGAAGGCACGCAUGGAAUAAAGGUCCAGGACACUUACCUGAGAUCCUGCCAGGCCCGCAGCGUAAUGCCUGUCUCCUGCGUUCUGCGCCAAGGGAAGGCCCCGGAGCUGAACCUGCAGCACUACGGCCUGGGGCCCCAGGGGGCCAAGGCUCUGGCUUAUGCACUGACCUCCAAUCCCUAUUUCAAGCAGCUGAACCAUCCAGACAAUGGGUUCUGUGGGGCCGGUGUGGAGGCCCAAAAGCAGCAGCAAAGGAAGUGGUACUGGCCCCCAGCUGUGGAACUGUCAGAGAACCGGCUGGGAGUGAGCGGAGCCCAGGCUGUUCGUGCCACCCUUGCAGGGAUAGCUUUGCAGAAGUUACAGCUGGCAGGGAAUGGACUGGAGGAGCAGGCGGCCAAGUACCUUGCUGAACUCCUGCUGGCUCACACAGGCCUGAAACCUUUGGACCUGAGCCAUAACCAGCUGAAUGACCAAGCAGGGAAGAUGCUCAGACCAGCCUUGGCAGAAAAAGGACUCACUGAACUGAAUUUAAGCUGAAAUCACCUUCGAGGCCCAGGAGCUGUAGCCUUUGCUGGGGGCCUGGAGGCAAACACCUUCCUGAGGGCCCAGGACCUCUCACCCAAUGGCUUCGGAGAUCCUGGGGCCUCUGCAGUAGGUGAGGCACUGCCCAACAACAUGUUGGAGAAACUCAGUAUGAGCAGCAGCCGCAUCUCUGUGGUGGGAGCCCGGAGCCUGCGCCGGUGCCUCUGGGCCAAGGAGAUGCUGAGGAUUCUUGCUGUGUCCAGGAAUCCCAUGAGAAGUGAAGGCUGCUUUGGCAUUCUCAAGUCUGUUCAGGACAAUCCAGUGUCUGUCCUAGAACUGCUGGACUUCUCUGAUAUCGAGGUGAACAAAGAGUUUGAUGACUUCGCUAGCUCAGUGGAGGGAAUUCUUCCCGGACUUUGCAUAAAGACCACAGACAGAGUGGAGUACAAGAAAGAGUUGCUGCCAGCCUUCAGACCAUCCCCACGGGGGUCUACCCCUAAAUGA